UUCCUCCAGCUGUAACAGUACACUGCUUACCGAACGGACCCCCUCUGAACGGUGGUCCAAUGUGUGCAAACAACGCAAAACGAUUCAUUGCUAUCCUAUCCUUUGCUCACACUAGCAACGCUACCGAGUGCCAUUAGAGGACGUUGCGAAAUUAUCGCAAUCACCAUCGCUGCUGAUUCGCAAGUGCUUUAGGUCGAAGAAGGGACGCACUUUUCCGCCAUCCCCUUUGGGUGAGAUGAGCAUAGAGUGCAAACAAAGUGCCUAAAAGUGUGUCCUCGAAGUGAACCGAGCGGGGCCAUUAUACCUGUUUCGCUAUCAUCAUGAUACAGUGAAUAACCGGAACGCGACCGGAGCAGGUGUGCGGUGGAGAAAAAAGCAACAAAACUCUUCUCGAACAUAGGAUAAUCAAUUGUGUUUUGCGGUAAGCGAAAAGUGUAGGACACAUUUCGCGAGUUGCAGUGUCAGAGUAGUGAUUUGUCCACUAGUGGUAACAGAAGACUCUAACAGCUUGUGAGCAAGCGACGGGGUGGUGAAGUGCGCGUUUUUCCUUUUUUCGGGUGGGCAGGAGUUUUCCGUUUUAUAUUUUUCUUUCGUUCCGAGUCCUUUCUCCGCGUUGCUUUGAGUUUUAAACGUUAGUUUUUCUUUUGUGCCUUUUUCGAGUGCAAAUUAAUCUUCAGAUGUGCAGCAUCAUCUCCUUCUCGUGAGUGCAUUCCAUCGUCGCCUUCUAAAUCGAUCGAUUGUUCGGCGAAAGCUCGACAGAACGGGGCUAGCGCUGCGUCCGGGAGCGUAUGCUAACAUAUUGUGCUGAUAAGCGUCACCAUCACCGACGGCUCCAGCAUCUACGUCCAUCUGUCGGCAGGAUUGAGUGAAAAGAACCCAAAGGCGAAGCAGUGAUCCGGUCCGGUUGGAUCUCUCAGACCGGUUUGGGGUGUGGAAAGGAAGGAGCAGAAGAAGCAGAAGCAGAACGGCACAACUUUAAAGUGAUGAUCUAGAGCGCACAAUGUCAAGUAUUGACACAUCGACGACAGAGGCAGCAUGGAUAACAACAGCAACAGCAGCAGCAACAACUUUAUCUUCAAGAACCUCUUCUACCAAAGCGGCUUCCACCAGCACCAGCAUCUGGAGGCAUUUGAUGCUUGUCACCGUACUGCUGGCCCUGCUCUCCGGCGGUGUCCCAGGCGGUGGCACUAAUAUCCUUGCGUCGGCCGAAGGCAACAUUGGAUGCCUGUUCGCUGAAACACUGUGCUUGGACCACCUGGAAUGGUGCUACGAUGACUUCGCGUUCGGCAAAUGUUUGCCCCAGUACGGGCUGGAACCGGAGGAACUGUUUCGGCGCCCGCUGGACGAGGACCAGAGCCGCAUCCUGGCGCGCAUGCUAGAGGAACUGCAGGGUGCCGGUCUCGGCUGGGAGCACCCGUUCACGCAGUGCCGCAUCCAGGGUGCACUCUUUGCCAUCCGCACCAACACGGACAUCCCGCAGACGCUGUGCGCCAGUUUGGCCCCCGAUCCGGAAGUACUCGGUCCCCAGAGUCCGCUCGCCUUCGUACGCUUCACGCCACCGAACGAAGAGUACGCCGACGAGGUUUACUAUCCGCCACCGAAGAAAGCGUUCGCGGGUGGUGUGAUCGAUGUGCUACCGGAGGUGAUUCCACUUGGACCCCAUCAGCAAACCGUAAACCGUCAGCAGGCCGCCGUCGAGCUACGCGAGCUACAGAAUCGUAUCGCGCUGGACCGGAUGCUGCGACAGUACGAGGCGGCCGAGCAGGCGGCAAUGCGUCAACAUCCGCCCGAUGUGACGGACUACCUGGAGGAUGGGACGGAUCUGAACGAGAUCGCCGAUAGUCAGCUGCUCCCGUUCAAGGCGGAUGGGCGGGAGUGGGCAGCCGGGGCGAGUAAGCGCGGUGAGACGGCCAUCUUUCGCGAACAGCAACCACGCAAGGACAUCGACGAGGAGCGAGCACUGAAGGAGCUAGUGGAACGGUUAACACCGAACGAUGAGGCAGACUUCCAGUACAUCUACCCGAAGACGUCCUCGUUCCGGGAGUACGCCAAGGAGCACCACAUUCCCAAGAUCUCAAACUUUGCCCCGGAAAACGUGCAUCAGCUCGACGGUGCUGGUGGUGGUGGUGGUGCUGGUGGUGGCGGCGCUGCUGUUGGUGAUGGUGUGAAGCCGAAAGCGGACACACCCAAUGCGGACAAGUUCUACAAGAAACCACACAAAGCCCAUCACCGGAACGAUCUUCCGGUUGCUAGUCUCCGCGAGUCGAACGCAGCCUAUGCACCACCAUCCGGUCCGGAAGCUGGCCUCUACACCGAGGGUGGGUUCGUGUAUGUGCCCAAGGCUCAUGGAGCUGCUGGCGCGCGACCCGGCAAGGACGAUGCACGCACACUGCUGGACAACAUUCUGGGGUUCACGAGACGCGAACGGUUGGAUGUGAAGAAGCCGGGACCACCGGCAGCACCACCACCGUCCGGCCAGAGUCCAAGCGAGCCACCGAAA